AUGCAAAUUUGUAUUAUUGGCGUCAUUCGAGCCAUUGUGGUACAACAGGCAUCCGUUUCAUACACCAUUGAAGAUGGCACUGGCGCUAUAGACAUCAAACAUUGGAAUGAUGCAGUAGGCAGUGCGACUGAGGAAAGUGUCAAUGCAAAUACAGCACAAGUAUUCCCUCGUAACAUUUACGUCAAAGUCCAUGGUCGCAUUCAAUCCUACUCUGACCGUCUCUUCUGUGUAUCAUUCAAAACAGUACCUAUCGAAGACUCCAAUGAAAUCACAUUCCACUAUCUCGAUGCCAUCCAAGCCUAUUUGGAAUUGAUAGCAAUCAAGAAUAAGCCUUCUUUGAGCAGUAAUAAUACUCAGCUGUCAAAUCCUCCUUUAUACAAGAUCAGCAGAAACAAUAUCAAUAGCAUUGUCAAGCGAGCCAUCAAGGUGUGUGGUGAUGAAGAAGUAGGCAGCCAUAUCUCAUCCAUCGUCGAUCACUUAAAGAACUUACUUGAUGAAAGACAAAUAUUGCGAUCCUUGAAUGAAUUGGCUGAAGAGGGACAAAUCUACAGCUUGAUGGAAGAGUAUGUUCAGUUGGUCGACCUUUAA